AUGCCUGCCCCUCGCACGGUGCGGGGUUUACUCUCCAACCCCGUGCCACGUGGUAUUCUCGGUGGGUCCGUGCGCAAGACGGACCGCGCCGGCGCCUCUGGUGAUCAGGCCCCUAUCGAGCUGUUAAAGGACUUCGCCAAGCGUCUUGAAGGCGUCAGCAAGGCCAUCGCUCAGCAGACGACCGCACUCAAGGAUCGCCGCGAGGAUUCUGUCGACCAGGCCCUUCUCGAUGAAGCUCAGACCAAUCGCCUUGAGGUUUUCAACAUUCAUCUUGAUGCUGCCCGGGACAGUUUCAAGGAAGAGGGGGAGACGCUUUCGCAGGUCUUUGAGAAGGGGUUUAAAGACCUGGAUGCAGAGCUCGACGAGAACUUCGAGGUCUACCAGGAACAGACUACCUCGCUCCUCCGCCUCAUCGAAGAGCAGAAGAAGCUGAUCACCGGUCCGGCGAAGUGA